AUGCAAACAGAUGAUGUCCUCCAAAUGGUAAUGAAGAAGUUAUUAGAACUAACCCUCAAAGUUAAAAGUCUUACUGAAAAAGUAGGAGUGCUUGAAAAUACCGUCUUAGAAAUGAAAAAAACUCAAAUUACAACUGAACUUGAGAAUCGAGCACAACGAUUACUUUCAGCAAGUGCUGAACAAUGUAAAAAACUUGAACAUGUCCUUAGCCAAGCACAGAAUGAAGUAACAAAUAGUAUAGAAGAAACAGUACAAGUGUGUAAUGAUAAAUUAAUUGAAGGCAUAGAAGCUACAUCAACAAGACUAACAUAUACAAAGAGAGAUAUGGUUACUACAAGAUUAAAAACUGAAGAGUUAGAGAAGGCAAGUUUUAAAAUUAGUAGAUUGUUAAGAAUGAAUGAUUUAGCACAAAUUUCUACAAAAGGAAGUAUUCCUAAACGAGUUAAUGUUACUACAGCAAUUUAUGAAGAUAAAAUAUAUAAAUUAUCACCAGUAUGGCUAGCAACUAUUUCAUCAAACAGUAUCACAGGAAGAAAAAUGUAUGAAAAAUAUUUCUAUUUCUUUAAUGAAAAUGAAUUUAAAUAUGACUUAAAAGAAGAUUCAAUCACACAACUUAAAAUGGAACUUCAUUUAGAAUGGAAACGUCUUGCAUGUGAAGUUGUGAAUAUCCCAACAGGAAGUUUUUUCAGUAAAUCUCGAAAUGGUAAAAGUGCUGUAUUUUAUGUCCGUGAGUCAAUGAUUUGUGUUAGACUUGACUCAGGAGAUGUUAUUGUAUUAGAUGCUAAUAGCAACUCAAUUUAUGUUAAUACACGGAAAUUAAUAUUAUAA